AAGUGCGGCAAAAGGGAUGAACAGGUGCGCAUUUUAGCGAACCUCACCAUAGCCUGAGCAGCUCUUAUAAUAGCCAAAACACAACGAAAAUUACCUCAAAACUCUCUCUCUCUCUCUCUCAAAUCUUUUUGCUCUAUCACUUCGGACCUCUCCGGGAUCACUCUCUCCCACUUUAUAUCGCUAAAGCUCUCUCAAUUCGUUUCCGAUCUGAGGGUAAAUUGCUGGCUGGGAUUUGUAUUUCAUAUUAAAAAUAAACUAAUAAUUCAAUGGCUGCUCCACCGGCAAGGGCUCGGGCCGAUUACGAUUACCUCAUAAAGCUCCUAUUGAUCGGCGACAGUGGUGUGGGUAAGAGUUGCCUUCUUUUACGCUUCUCAGAUGGCUCCUUCACCACUAGUUUCAUCACCACCAUCGGCAUUGACUUUAAGAUAAGAACCAUUGAGCUAGAUGGAAAACGAAUCAAGCUGCAAAUAUGGGAUACAGCUGGCCAGGAGCGGUUCCGAACAAUCACAACCGCUUACUAUCGUGGAGCCAUGGGAAUUUUACUGGUCUAUGAUGUGACUGAUGAAUCAUCUUUCAACAACAUUAGGAACUGGAUUCGCAACAUCGAACAGCAUGCUUCAGAUAAUGUGAACAAGAUACUGGUUGGGAACAAGGCUGACAUGGAUGAAAGCAAGAGGGCUGUGCCUACCUCCAAGGGCCAAGCACUUGCUGACGAGUAUGGUAUCAAAUUCUUCGAGACUAGCGCAAAGACAAAUCUAAAUGUGGAGCAAGUUUUCUUUUCAAUAGCAAGGGAUAUAAAGCAAAGGCUUGCAGACACCGACUCUAGGGCUGAGCCUUCGACGAUUAAGAUCAAUCAACCAGACCAGGCAGCUGGAGGCGGCCAAGCUGCCCAAAGAUCAGCUUGCUGUGGUUCUUAGGAGCCAAUUAUUUGAUCACACAUAAUGAAGGCGACACUUCUCUGCAAAAGGGGCAAACAAAAGCAAAAAACUAAUUUGUGAUAACAAUAUAAUGGGUGCCUGUAAUUUUUCUGACUCAUUCUUUUUUAACUUGUUUUAGUGUGUGAAGGGUAGUUUCUUAUAUUUGAGAAUUCUAUUUUGUUGCCAACUUUGGAUUCGUAUAUUGUGGCAAACAAUAGCUUUAUUUUCUU